AUGAAGGUGGAAGUGCAAUGGAAGAAGUUGGUGAAACCGACAGCUCCAACGCCACAUCACCGGCAAAAACUGAAGCUAUCUCCGAUUGAUGGGAUUCAAGUUCCCUUUUAUGUAGGCAGUAACUUCUGCUAUAGAGAUAAUGCUGAGAAUCGGGGAGUUGAUACUCUUCAGAGGCUUCACCGGAUGGAGAAGUCGCUUUCUGAAACCCUAACACUCUUCUAUCCUAUGGCAGGGAGAUAUACCGAGGACGACGGUUGUUUUAUUGACUGUAACGACCUUGGAGUCGAGUUUGUCCAUGCCAAAGUGGACGGCCAGAUUGAUCAGCUUCUCCAUGGAGACCUCGACAUGGAGUUGAUCGGUCGUUUGUCGCAAUUUCCCACCAACGUGGUAGGCAAUCCAUUAGUUGUGAUUCAAGUGAAUACAUUUAAGCGCGGCGGAUUAGUGGUUGGCCUUCGCUUUAUACGCAACAUCGGUGACGUGUGCACCUUCGCCAUGUUCAUUAAUUCAUGGGCUACCGCUUUCCAGGGUAACAUAGACUUGGUAGAGUGCCCAAAUUUUGAGUUGUACACUCUAUUCUCAGGUAAAGAGCCGGUGGUUCGAUAUCAGCCUCCACCGCCUACUGGCAACGAGCAAUUCGUCACGAGCAGGUUCAAGUUCAGCAGUGAUGCUAUAUUAAAGCUGAAAGCUCUAGCUAGGGACGAUGUGAAGGAUUCGAUGGCCAACAAUUCCCAGCCUUCAAGAGUGGAGGUUGUUUCAGCACUAAUAAGUAGGGCUCUCAUUGAUAUUGAUCGGAACAGAUGA